ACCCAAAAGCGCUUCUAAAAAGGGUGCUUUUGACAGGGAUAUUUUGGUCAUCUAGCACUAAUAAAAGCGAAAUUAGGGUUUCACUAUAAAUAAUCAUAAACUCCCUCUCUCGUCAUUGCUCGCCAUUCCUAACACUUGCAGCAACCAAGCAAAAGCCCUAGGAAGGAGUCUUAAGAUAUGGCGACAGUUCCAGGGCAAUUGAUAUGGGAGAUUGUGAAGAAGAACAACUCAUUUUUGGUGAAACAGUUUGGAAGAGGAACAGCUAGCCUCCAGUUCAGCAAAGAGCCUAACAAUCUCUACAAUCUCAACUCCUACAAGCACUCUGGGUUGGCCAAUAAGAAAACAGUCACCAUUCAGCCUGGGAAAGAUCAAUCUGUUGUUCUUGCUACUACUAAGACUAAGAAACAGAAUAAGCCUUCAGCUUUGCUUCACAAGUCUGUCAUGAAGAAAGAGUUCCGUCGGAUGGCGAAGGCUGUGGAAAACCAGGUUGGAGAUAACUAUUACAGGCCUGACUUGAAGAAAGCAGCUCUUGCAAGGUUGAGUGUUGUCCACAGGAGCCUGAAGGUCGCCAAAUCUGGUGUCAAGAAGAGGAAUAGACAAGUUCAGAAGAGUAGGAAGUGAAUAGUGAGGUGAAAGGGAAAGAUAUGCGCCCCUCCCCCCUUUCUCUAUUUUGUGAGACCCCCAAAAUUUCUGAACCCAGUUUCUAGUUUAUUUGGAUAUCGUUUUAUGGCUAGGAAUUGAACCCUAUAGAUUGUUGUUUUCCUGGAUUAUAUGGUUUGCAAUAUGUUACAUUAAGUUUUGAGCAUUGGCUCUGCCUAAUGCAUUCUUUUUUGUUAUAUUC